AACGAUCACAUAGCUGAAAUAAUUGGAGGCUCAGCAGCAACAUUGAACGGUAUUAGAUACACAAGUUAUAGGUCAGAUAAUUAUCUCUGUGUUGCAUAUACACAUUGAUCAUCAAAUUACUGAAUUUCGACCAAUAAGAAUGAGUGGAAGCCAAUAUGACUGGGCCAAAAAUAUUCCAUGCAGGAAUAUUCAGAUUCAUGGAUUCUGUAAAUUUGAACAUAAAGGUUGUUCUUACAACCAUGACCCAGCGUUACAGAAAAGUAGCGCUGUUGCGCCAGUAGGUGCAACAGCAAACACUGUUAGUGCCGGAGAGAGCACAAUUACUAGUGCAGGAACAAAUUCUACUCCAAGUAUUUUGAGCCAAAAAGCUGGCUAUCCUUUGCCAACAAAUGAUGAUAAUGACUCUGCUAAUAAUAGUACAACAUCUGUGGUAAAUGGAACAAAUUCUCCUGUACUGAACAAAAAAUUUAAUUUGGAUUCUCCGGCUUUUAGACCAACUCCUCUAUCGACAAAAUUCGCAACUUUAUCACCAUCUUUAGAUCAUAUCCCAACCUUUGUUCCUUCCACCUCAAACGAUACAAUAACUUCCAUGAACACAAACUUUAGCCCUCAUCCUCAACCACCUACAGGAGAAGAUCUAUUUUAUCAAAAUACAAAUUUAUACCCAGUGAAUUUCCUAUUAUAUGCCCCCCCACCCCCACCACAUGUUGAACUCAACAAAAAGCCAAACGAGAGAACUGUUGAUGAUCUCUUUAUUAAUAAUAAACUUAGAGAAUAUUUGCAGCUAAAAAAUGAAGAAAGCCUAAAGUCAAUUUCAAGCAACGAAUUAGAUUUGCCAUCACAUGUUGGUCAAUACCAUUCAUUAUAUCCGAUUGACCACAACUUCGACUACAGUACAAAAUCAUUUGGUUACGUAUCAAUUGUCUACAAAUGUAUGUCAAAUGAAAACGGUAAACUUUACACUAUGAGAAGAUUACAAAAUGUCCCAAUAACAUCACCGUCUGUGCUAAAAAGUAUAAAAAAAUGGAAAAAAGUCGAUUGCUCAAAUUGUGUUAAGGUUUAUGAUGUGUUUACAACUAGGGCCUUCAAUGACAACUCAUUAAUUUUGAUAUAUGACUACUAUCCAAUGUCUUUGACGUUAUUGGAAAAUCAUUUCAUGUCUUUUCCAGGAAAGAACCCAGAUUUGAUUACUGAAGACUCUUUGUGGAAUUAUACUAUACAACUCUUGAACGCAAUAACAGAAGUUAAUAGAUUGGGCUUGUCAUUAGGUUCUUUAGACUCAUCUAAAAUCAUCAUAACCAACAAGGGUAGAAUUAGAUUAUCAGCUGUCGGGGUAAAUAGUAUAUUGGAAGAUGUUAAUAAAACACUUCCAAAAGAUGCAAAAGAAAUUGAAGAACCAGAGAAAGAUUCUGAUCUACUAAAUCUUGGAAAGUUGAUCCUCUUCUUAGCAAAAUCGACAACUUACCUGAAGGCCCCUACGGAAGACCCUAUGGAAAUAAUUAUGCAACUAAAAUUCACCAACGUUUUCAAAAAGAUGUUGUCGUACCUAUUCAGGGAAGAUGCAACAAUCGAGAAGUUCCAGGAACUUGUUGCACCAAUGAUUUUGAAACUAGCUAAUGGUUUACAAAACAGCUGCGAUUACAUGGAGUCAAAUCUGAUGGGAGAACUCGAGAAUGCUAGAUUGGUAAGACUUUUUGCCAAACUUGAUUUUAUAUCCGAAAGACCAGAAGUGGUUAAGGAUGGACUUUGGUCUGAAACGGGAGAGCGAUAUCCUAUCAAACUUUUCAAAGAUUAUGUUUUUCAUCAAAUCGAUGAUAACGGAAAACCGGUUGUCGAUUUGACCCAUGUUAUCAAUUGUCUGAACAAGCUUGAUGCCGGUGUGGAUGAAAAUAUACUGCUGGUUAGUUCUGAUGAAAUGACAUGCUUGAUAAUGAGCUACAAGGAAUUAAAAGAGCUCGUCAACAAAAGCUUCCUCAAGCUAUUGGGUAAAGAGUGA